AUGGUCCUCGAAACCCCCCUCUUGCGAGUGAGCAGGCCUGUUGCUGCCUGCUCACGAUGCCGUGCCGCAAAGGUCAAAUGUGACGGGAAACUGCCCGCUUGUACCGCCUGCGAGAAAUCAAAUCGAGCAUCCGAAUGCUCGAGCACGAACGAUCAGUUCGCCCGUGGCAAGGAGAGGAGCUAUGUCGCCACCCUCGAGUCUCGUGUCGAGAAGCUCGAGAAAAAGAUCGCUGAAGCGAGGGCAAGGAGAAAGUCGUCUUCCACGCUCAUGCAGGAUGCCGACACUGCAACACCCCGCCGUACCUCUGUAGAUACUCUCAAACCCCCGAAGAACAUCAGCAAGCGUGCCGCUAGAAGGAAAGAGGCGAGUGACAUUGAUGAACUCGUCUCAGACUUUGGUCUACUGGCCGUCAACGCCACCGCUCGAGACUUCUAUGGCUUCACCUCGGCCAUGUCAUAUGCCCGUUUGAUACUGUCGGCUAGCUCCAAAGAGUCUUUACCAGAUGUCUCCAAAACUCUUCCUCCGCGAUACGCGGCGACCCCACUCAUCCAACAUUACCUCAACAACAUAUUCACACUCCUCCCCGUCUUCGAUGAAGCCUCCCUAUGGGCCUCGGUCGAUGCGGUAUACCAUCUUGACAACAUAGCUACCUCCUUCGACCACUGGAACGUACGAAUGAUUCUCGCUAUCGCCUCUCUAUCUCAAUCGGACCAAAGAGGUGACACUUUGUACUCCGACGCGGUAGGACAUGUCAAUGCUGCUCUUGUACAUGCCGAAGAUGUCCUACAUCCAGGAUUUAUCAGCAGCAUCCAAGCGCUGAUCCUACUCACGGAAUAUGCCAUGCUUGACCCUCACCACUUCGAUAGUUGGACGUUGAUAGGGGCUGCAUCGAGGGCAAUGGUCGAUCUCGGCAUCCAUCAGGACCCUUCGCGUAGCACACCGGUUGCAAGAAGCAAGUUAGAAUUGCGUAGGAGGGUGUAUUGGUGUGUCUAUGCGCUCGACAGAUCCACGGCGCUCGUACAGACCAGAGCCUUCUCAUUCUCUGACGAGUCCGCACACGUCGCGUUUCCCUUCCAUACUACUGCCACUUCACCAAAGCAUUCAUCUCCUCAAUCGCAAGUCUUUCUUCAGUCUUUCGACACAGCCCUUGACCUAUUCAAGAUUCGAGAGAUACAGUCGGAAUGGUACAUGGACCUGUUCCAAUCAGGUCGCGACUCGUGGCAAGAUCCAUACCCAUACAUAUGGGACGCAUACGCCCGAAUGUCACAGUGGUUCAACGACAUGCCUGGUAGCACAUUGCCAGCUACGAAAACCUUCUUCGAGCUCGAGCUUCUCUACAGUUAUGUGUACAUUCUAUCGCCCAGCCCCCGGAUACCCCAUAUUCAAGAGUACGCGCAGCGGCUCAUCUUCCAGCAUUGCAUUGCCUACGCCACCAAUCUUCUCGCUCUCCUUUCGAAACCUUCCAAUACUACGAAACCGCCAGUCACCUUCUACGAUGCCAUGCGAUCAUAUAUGACCGGCCGGCAAUUCGUUGAUGUCUUAUCGCGAAACAUGGACGUCAUCCUUGAUCCAAACCCCCCAACGCCGCCCGCAUCUACCGCCGCGCCCGCGUCUGACGAUCCUCUAGCGCCACCCGUUCAGGCCGCACCACCUCCCUUCCCUCCACCGACCAUUCCUGACGGCCAUAUGGUACCAAAGGAUCCCACCAAUGCAGCGAUUGAUGCGAUCAACGAUUUCACGACAAUCCUCUCGAAUUUUGGCCUUCGCUUCGGCUUCACACAUUGGCGCGACCGCUUCCAGCGCGAAUCGAGUACGCUUCUCUCCCAAUUACAGCACCGCGCAUCCACAUCGCCGGCGCAGUCGCCGCCCGCCGUGAAUCUCGGUCUGCAGCAACCGUAUUGGAUGUCGCAACCCUCGACUUCGCCUGCGCAGCAAAUAUUCCAGCACCAUGGUCCUACCACCCCGCCAACAGGAUAUCCUCCCCAGUCCAGUCCAUUUUCGACGAGUCCAUACAAUCCGAGUCCGUACGCCCCGUCGUCGCAAGGCCACCAGACCUCGGACUGGACAACACCGAGCCCACAGCCUCUCCCUGAGAUGCCACAACCGACUGAAGGCCGGGUCAGACAGGCCAUGGUUUUUGGCCCCGGGAUCCCCAGUCAGCAGGCACCAGAUAAUGCGGAGGCGGGGAACAGCUGGGACGGCCGGUUUCAAUGA